AUGGAAAACUUCCCUGCCAGUGCUCUUAUUCUAAAGUUAUUACUGCCCGGCUCUGCUCUGGCGGCGGGAGCUGCGCUACCGGGCGCUCGCCGGGCUUGGGCGCCCUGCCUCCCCCGGGGGGAGUACUUGCUGAGGCGCUUGCAGUGGGCCGCAUGCCGGUGUCCAUCUCAUUCCCACACAUACUCCCAAGUUCCUGAACAUGCUGUUUUGGAGACUACAGAUUAUGCAUUUGAGAUGGCUAUUUCAAACAUCAGAUACGGAGAAGGAGUUACUAAAGAAAUCGGCAUGGACCUGCAGAAUAUGGGUGCUAGAAAAGUCUGUGUGAUGACAGAUAAGAAUCUUUGCAAGCUCCCUCCAGCAAAAAUGGUAUUGAAUUCCCUUGCAAAAAAUGGUAUAAACUUUCAAAUGUACGAUAAUGUCAGGGUGGAGCCGACUGAUCAGAGUUUCAUAGAUGCUAUCUCAUUUGCUAAGAAGGGAGGGUUUGAUGCUUACGUCGCUGUCGGUGGAGGUUCUUCAAUAGACACUUGUAAAGCAGCCAACCUGUAUGCAUCCAGCCCUGAAUCAGAGUUCCUGGAUUAUGUCAAUGCUCCCAUUGGAAAAGGGAAGGCUGUUACAGUGCCCCUUAAGCCACUCAUUGCAGUUCCUACAACAGCUGGAACUGGAAGUGAAACCACUGGUGUUGCCAUUUUUGACUACAAAGACCUAAAAGUAAAAACUGGCAUUGCUUCAAGAGCCCUUAAGCCCAUUUUGGGUAUGAUUGAUCCUCUGCACACUUUGUCUAUGCCAGAGAGAGUAGUGGCCAAUACUGGCUUUGAUGUGCUUUGCCAUGCCUUAGAAUCAUAUACUGCUCUUCCUUAUAAGAUGCGCAGUCCUUGCCCUUCAAAUCCAAUCAACCGGCCGGCUUACCAGGGAAGCAAUCCGAUCAGUGAUGUCUGGGCUCUCCACGCGCUGCGUAUUGUGGCAAAAUAUUUGAAAAGAGCUAUCAGAGACUCUGAAGACCAUGAAGCAAGGGCUAACAUGCACUUAGCAAGUGGUUUUGCUGGUAUUGGUUUUGGAAAUGCAGGUGUUCAUCUUUGCCAUGGAAUGUCUUACCCUAUUUCUGGCUUGGUGAAGAAUUACAAAGCAAAGGAUUAUAACGUGGAUCAUUCUCUAGUGCCGCAUGGACUUUCGGUGGUGCUCACAUCCCCAGCAGUGUUUGCUUUCACGGCGCAAAUGCACCCUGAGCGGCACUUGGAGGCUGCAGAGAUACUAGGAGCUGACAUCCGUACUGCCAGAAUCAAAGAUGCAGGGCUUGUUUUGGCAGGCACACUCCGGAAAUUCUUGUUUGAUCUGAAUGUUGAUGAUGGCUUAACUGCACUUGGUUACUCUAAAGCUGAUAUUCCUGCACUAGUCAAAGGCACUCUGCCUCAGCUACCUAUGAUUUUUAUGCCCUGUGAUAUCAAGGAAAAAUUUUGGCAGGCUGAAAAACAAGUCACUUCCUUUAACUGCACCCUGUAACUCAUCUAUUUCUCCUCACCCAUAAAUUUCAAAGCUCAUUACAAAUGAAGGAAAGAGUGACUAAAUUAUCACCACGACCCCAGACUGAAGAAGACUUAGCUGCUCUCUUUGAGGCUUCUAUGAAAAUUUAUUAGCUUCAAUAUUUUAUAAGUGUGUUCUUUAAUGGCAAAUAUAGAGGUAACUUUUUGUAGACAUGGGAGUUGUACUGGCUCUGAUAAUGACAGAAGUUGGACCCUGUCUGUUUAUGUGUAUCACUUGCUGCCAAAAGGUCGAGUAAUUUACAUUCAGCUCAGAUCUGUCUUGUGAUUUAGUAGCUCACCGUGUAUUUUUAGCUCAGUAAUCAAUGGGCACCUAUACAUGUGCUAGACAUCUGCUCUGAGGCAUGCUAAUUAGCACAUGGAGCAGACUUGAUUGAGUCUGCUGGAGCGUGCUAAUUAUCACGCUCCAACAGCCUCCACGUCAUGUGUAUUCAGCGUCCCUAUGCUUCAAAAUGGCAGCGGUGGAGGCCUUUAACUAAAGCUCAUUUGACAAGCCUUAGUUAAAGUUCCCCACUGCCAUUUUGAAGCACAGAACGCUGAACACACAUGACAAUGCAAAUGCUUUAAUUAGAGUGGCUCUCAAAGCCACUCUAAUUAAAAGCCCCCUCCCACACACACACACUGGAGCAUGUGUAAAGACGCUGAAUGGUAUUACUCAUACAAAAGUGUAGUAUCAUCUUUUAUCUUGCUCUUGUUCAGAGUUGCUGGAAAAUACAGAAUUAUUUUUCAUAGAAAAUUUUUACUUUUGCAUGUUAAAAAGCUGCUUGAAAUUUUUUAACCAACAAAUAUUCCCUAAUAAAAAAAAUCGCAACCUGCUCUGUUCAGGAAUUUAAUUUUGUUAUUAUUAUUUGAUGCUGAGAUAAAGAUGGAUAAUACAAUGACUACAGAAUAGUUCUUUUUAAAAGAUUGAAAGAAGGAUUCACAGAAGUUUUGUUUCAUGGUAUCUAUUUUUAACAUGGAUUGCUGGGUAUUUUUGUCUUUUUCAUAUAGUAGUUAUAUACCUAGGAAUGACUUUGCAUGUUCAGGGCAGGUAGUUAGCUGGUUGGCUGUUACAUGAGAAAGGGAAGUGAGGAGGGAAAAAUGAAACAAAACUUUCACAAGAAAAAAUCUUACACUUUUCUGUGUUUUUUCCCCUCAUGAAACCCUUCAGGGUAUUGAGCUUUGCCAUCUGCAUAGCACAGGUUAAAUAGAACAGCAGUAUGAUAUGGAGGUAGCAAAAAACAAGAAAAUGUUUUAAAAAAACACUUGAAGUUGUAUUUGUUUCUGUAUCGUGGAAGUGAGCAAGAAGUGUUUUUAAAGGUGGGGGUUUUAAAACAAUUUCAAUGUACUAGUUACUAGUAUUAGCUGCAUACAUAGUGUUCAUACUUUAUUCAUUUUUUUUAAGUCGAUUUUGUGUUAAAUUCUUUCCAGGCAUGAUUACCACAGCACAAGGGUCAAUGUAGGAAAAGCCUUAAAAACUCCUUGACGUGUUGAUUCCCUGUUUUGAAGUCACCCCAAAUAUCACACUCCCAGUGGCAUAGAUGAAGUUUUGUACUUUAAAAGCUGAACUGAUCUUGUUGCUCCGUAAGACUGGUGCCCACUCACUCCAUGUUAGGACCGUCCCACCCCCACCCCCAUUAUGGAAAUAUAUGGAAUGUUGGCUUUAAGUCCAUUUAGUACCUGAUCAAAGAUGGAGCAUGACUGUAGACUAUAGGCCCUCUAUUUACCCAUAGAAUAUGCACAGCCUGGAGACAGCUAGACAAAAUGCCUCAGCCUGCUGUUAGAAGCUAAUUCAUUUUCCUUGUCCCUUAAUUUACUUUACUUCCUAAUUUUAUGCUGAAUUGCUGACAAAAGUAUUGGCCGUGAAGAAGGGUUUCAUGAUGUGAGUGUUUCAUUGUGCCUCAGCAGCACAAAGCCACCCAGCUCAUAACCUUCUCAUUAGAUGUUUGUGUGGAAUUAAUUUGGUUUUUCUCAGUAAAGUUUCAUAUUUUUGACCCUGAUUUUUCUGUGUGGUCUUCUCAGUACUCUGCAGUAGUAUCUAUGUCUGUGGGUAUCUCAUUGUAAACAACCAUUUAGGUUUUGUAGAGGAUGUAGUUCCUUCAUGUACUAAAAAGCAGGUAGAGAUAGUUAGCCAUGUUAGUCUGAGGUUAGGCAGCAGGUAGAUAGUUAACUUACAUUAUUGUUCCCAAGCAGUUGAUGGGUGGAGAGGAAGACAGGGUUUUCCUCUCUCAUGCAGUUUUUAUUUACCACUUGUAUAUGAGUAAUUAAUAAAGAAGAUUCACUACUUAUAAAUACUUUGCUACUUGCUGGUACAGGGGGAGUUAAGAUCAUGCGCAGGCAAAAAGGUGUAAUGAGAUCUGAUGCUGAAUCCCACAAUCACACCUCCUGCCAUGCCUGUGUGUGGCAUGUCAGGAAGCACGAUUGUGAGGAUCCCACAUCAGAUCCCAUCCUGCCUUCAUUUACAUGGGGGCCUUGGAGCAGAACUGAGAGGUUGUAUUAAGCCUCAUGACACCCUCUGAUGUGCAUGCCCAGUUUGUACACUAAGAUUUGUGCAUGCAUGCAUGCAUGGUUACAAUUUACAAACAUGAAUUUGUUGUAGGAUGCACUCAAAAUCUGAGCUGCUUUUUCUGCUUCUGACUUUUAUUAAUACUUCACAGACUAAAUCCUUUAUAAUGUGUCUUAAAGCUUGCAAGUGGCUUUGUGUUACAGCAGUAUCCAAAUAAAUUAUGUUUUAUUUCCUACAAAUAUAAGCUAAUGAAAAUGUUUGAAACUUGUUUAAUUUGGUUGUGUUUUUCUGAACUAUUAAAUUAAAACUUGAUAAUGUAACUGUGAAUCAUUCAGAGAAAAUUAGCUUUCAUUAGCUUCACUGGGAAGCAUGAUUAUGCCUGGAUAAAUUGUUUGUUCAGUGAGCUUAUAGUAUGCUUAACAAACCAUUGUAUCAUGAAUAAUAGUCAAAAAGAAUGUCAAAGUAGUUCCAAAAUAAAUAGCAAACUAACUACUAUGCUUUGUCUAAACACUUUAACAAACUGCACUACACUGAGUUUCUGAUGUUCAGCGUAUACUGUUUGAAGUUGUAUUAAAAACUCUUAUUAAAAACCAGAAAAUUUUGAACAUGAUGCUGUUAACAGUAGAACUCAACUAAAUUUCCACUUCUGUGGAAUCAAAGACAUUUUCUGAAUAAUUAACCUAUAAAUCAGGGGUAUGUUAAGGAUCUUUCUUUUAAGAAUUAAUGUUUAGUGGGUCCACACAGUAAGAUUUAGAUAGGUUUUAGACAAGUGCUUACACGACAUAAGAACUGCCAAUGUACUUGGUCAAACCAUAGGUCCAUUUUGCCCAGUGUUCUGUCACACAGUGGCAGAGCGUAGAUGCUAAAAGGGAAAGUGUAUGGAAAAGUGUAUGAAAGGGUAUGACCAGGAUUUUUCCACUGUGCCUCUCUCACUUGCAGCCUCUAACAUUUAAGGUUCAGGAAGUUCUGAUUCAGAGGCUGUACCCCUAACUCCCAUGCUGACUAGCUACUGAUGCUUCUUUCCUCCAAGAAUUUGUCUAAUUCCUUUUGAAUCUGGCUAAACUGUCACAUCUUUGACAAUGAGCUCCACAUUUUAAUGUGUAAAAAAACCCCCUCCUUUUGUUAGUUUUAAAUUUACUACCUACUAGUUUAAUUUUGUGACCCUCGUUCUUGUACAAUGAGAUAGUAAAUAGGGAUUUAUAAUUUACUUUCUAUUCACUAUUUAGUAUUUUAUAAACCCUUAUCAUGUCCCACCUCAAGCGUCUCUCUUCUCAACUGAAUAGGCCUAACCUCUUUAGUCUCUCCUCCUUCAUACUACUAAUCAUCAGGGAUCCAGAUUUUCCAUUUCCUGUGGAAAAAGCAGAGAAGAAUGCGGAUUUCCACCUUUACUUAAGGAAAAUGUGGAUUUCUCAUUUUAAUGGAGAAAGCCCCAUGGAUUUUGCACUUUUACAAAGAGCUCUCUGCAGGCUGGCAGAGUUUCAGUUUGCAAGGGGCUGGGGGGAGCUGGAGGAGGGCCGUUAGGCAAGGGGUGCUGAGGCUGCUGCCCAGCUGGGAGGUGCUUGGGGCCCGGGGCUGAAAUUUGCGGCCACAGGGCCCCAGUGAGGAAUGAGACAGGGCCAAAGGUGGCUCAUCUGGGGGGCAGGGGAGUGGGGCUGACUCCCCACUACUGCACGCACUACCAGGGGGGGCAAGGGAGAUUCUUGCCCCCCAGAUCUGAAUGCAGGGCAGGGGCAAACAUAGGCUUCCCGUCAUGCUGCCCUCUCCCAGGGCCUCCACAACCCAGCUGGUGUGACCCAGCAUUG